AUGCAUCGCGAUGUUGUCAUUGGUCCGAUGACUAAAUUGUGUCUACACUGUCGCGCUUUGAAGUUUCAAAAAGAAGCGCCUGGCAUGUGUUGCUCCAAUGGCAAAAUCAAUUUGCCACCACUGACUGAACCACCAGAACCACUGCUCACUUACGUUGCUGGACUUACUAGGGAGUCCAAACACUUUCUACAGCAUAUUCGGAAAUACAACUCAUGCUUUCAGAUGACAUCGUUUGGAGCGACGAAUAUUGUGAGAUAUAAUAAUUUUAUGCCCACAUUUAAAGUGCAAGGACAAGUGUAUCAUCAGAUUGGUUCACUCCUUCCAGUAUCCAAAGAAGAUCCGCAAUUUUUGCAAAUUUAUUUCAUGGACAAUGUGGAGAAGGAGAUUGAUCGACGAUGCGCAUUUAGUAUAGCAACAGAUCGAAAGAUUAUUGCUGAAUUACGAGCAUUAUUCCACGAGCACAACUGUUUGGUCCGAGAUUUCAAAUCCGCAUUGGAGAAUGUAAGAGCGGAUGACUUCAAACUCAUUAUCAGAGCAGACAAAACCCCAUCGAAUGAGCAUGAAAGACGUUUCAAUGCUCCAAUAGCCCCUGAAGUAGCAGCUGUAAUUGUCGGUACAGAAAUUACUCGGCGAGAUAUUGUUAUCAGCAGGCGAAAUCAAACCAAGCAACGUAUUGCUGAAACACAUCGAUCGUACGACGCACUUCAAUAUCCAAUUCUAUUUCCGCGAGGAGAAGACGGUUAUCAUCUCGAAUUGUAUCAAACUCAUCCCGUCACAGGUGCUGCGACAACGAAAAAAGUCAGUUGUAUGGAUUUUUAUGCAUAUCGCAUCAUGAUUCGAGCCGAACAAUCCAACCAUAUUUUAAAGUGUCGUCAUGUUUUUCAACAAUUCAUCGUUGAUAUGUACGCCAAAGUCGAAAGCGAACGACUCAAUUACAUUCGUUACAAUCAAUCGAAGCUUCGAGUCGAAGAUUAUAUUCAUUUGCGAGAUGCAAUCGCGAAUGAUGGAACAAUUGGUAAUAUUGGACAAACGGUUAUACUUCCAGCUUCGUAUACUGGAAGUCCAAGACAUAUGCAAGAAUAUGCUCAGGAUUCUCUGACAUAUGUUCGCAGAUAUGGACGUCCAGAUCUUUUCAUCACAUUCACAUGUAAUCCAUCUUGGUGUGAAAUCAAAGAUUUACUUUUGCCUGGCCAACAACCAUCUGAUCGGCAUGACCUCACAGCGAGAGUUUUCAAACAAAAAUUGAUACGUUUUAUGGAUCUCAUCACUAAGAACCAUAUAUAUGGAGAAACUCGCUGUUGGAUGUAUUCCAUCGAAUGGCAGAAAAGAGGUCUACCACAUGCUCAUAUCUUAAUUUGGUUGGUUGAAAAAAUUGUUCCAACUCAAAUUGAUGAUAUCAUUACUGCUGAGCUGCCCAACGCAGAAGAAGAUCCAGAAUUAUUUGAAAUUGUGAAAAAAAAUAUGAUUCACGGACCAUGUGGGGGACACAACCCACACUCGCCAUGCAUGAAAGACGGAAAAUGCACCAAAAAGUAUCCACGCCAGCUGCUGCAAGAAACACAAACUGGUGGCGACGGUUAUCCGUUGUACAGACGACGAAAACCAGAUGAUGGAGGAUACACCACAACUAAUAUCAAAAUCAAUAACGUUGAUUUCGAAGUUGAUAACCGAUGGAUUGUGCCCUACUCUCCUAUCCUUUCGAAAUCAUUCAAUGCACAUAUCAACGUGGAGUCCUGUAAUUCAGUUAAGGCAAUAAAAUACAUAUGCAAAUACGUGAAUAAAGGCAGCGAUAUGGCAAUUUUCGGAAUUGCGAAUCCCAAUGCGCCCGUCAAUGAAAUCGAGCAAUUUCAAAUGGGACGUUACAUUAGCAGUAAUGAAGCUGUAUGGAGAAUUCUUGGUUUCGACAUUCAUGAACGCUUUCCUGCUGUCAUGCAUCUCAGUGUUCACUUGGAAAACGGUCAACGAGUCUACUUCACGGAAGACAACGCACCCCAACGAGUUGCAGAUCCACCAAAUACAACGUUGACCGCUUUUUUCCAAUUGUGUGCAACUGACGAAUUCGCAAAAACAUUAAUGUAUCACGAAGUCCCGCAGUACUACACUUGGAAUCAAUCGACGAAGAAAUUUUGCAGAAGAAAACGAGGCGCCAGGCAUCCUUCUAUAGCUGGCAUAUUUUCUACUGGUGCCCUGUUCAUCCAAAUAAUGGUGAAUGCUACUAUUUGCGAAUGCUGCUUCACGUGUUCAAAGAACCAACAUCGUUUCAAGCAAUCAAAACAAUCGAUGGUCAAGAGUGUGAGACAUACAGAGAAGCAUGUUUUAAACUUGGUUUGCUUGAAAAUGAUCAACAUUGGGACAACACAUUAG